AUGGUGUCGAGUGUAAAACUGAUCUUAGCUUUCAGCAUCCUGGCCACUUUGGCCUGUACUGGGAAUACCAUCAGGUGCUAUGUAUGCGAUGAUUUAGAAUCUGAAAGCUGUGGACUUAGUGAUAGCGAUAUUAAGAAAUGCGACGACGAUGCCACAGGAUGCAAGAAGCAAGUUGUCCUUAAGAGCAAUCAAAGGGUGACGUAUAGGGACUGCUACUUCAGGGACGUAACUCAAAUGUCUCGUGGCUGCAGCAACAAUUUUCAAAGGCUCUUCAUCUAUACGGAAGUUAGCUGUAUGACCUGCACUAAGGACAAAUGCAACGGAUCCUCCUCCCUGGCUCCCAUCGGUGCUAUCUUCCUCUUUCUCGGAGUGGCAGGUCUGCUGUCCUGA